CCCCUUCUAAGCCUCCAAGGUUAAAUCCUUGUUCGACACUCCUGUCUGUCGUCCUCUUUAGCUCCAGCCGAAUGAUGAUGAGGAUAAGAGAGUAGCAAAGUCAUGGAUAGACCACCACAAUGACGCAUGAGACCCUCACAAGUUCACAGCUGUCUGUCAAGGCUGCUGCGCUGCGUAUGGUCGACCUACCGCUCUCCGUCUACGGCUCUCUGGCGCAGGUGAGUGUCAGCACAGACACCAAGAGACUGGUUGCUGCCACCACCGUCGGCGCCGUCACACUCCUCUUCCUCGCACGCCACUUCCAGAGGAGGAAGGGCAGGAAGAAGGCCAUCUCACCGCAGUGGGAGCAGGCCAGCAUCGAGUUCUUCUCCUCUGCCUCUGCGCUGAACGAUAACGCCAAUCAACAAAACAUCACUCUCUCCCUCAACUCCAAGAAUGGCUACCCUUCUGGUCUGGUCCUCUCUGCAGGGACCUACAGAAAACUGUCGGGGUCUCUGCAGAGCCUGGCCUCGGUAAAAAGUAUGAACUCCUCCAGCAGCAGCACUUGUGCAAAUGAAUCCACCUGCUGGGACAGAUUGGACUCGGACAUCUGCGGCAUGGUCAAUUUACCCGUCACCACGCCUGAAAACCUCUACCUGAUGGGUAUGGAUUUAUUUGAGGAGGCUCUGCGGCGGUGGGAGGAGGCGUUGACAUUCAGGAGCAAGCAGGUUGAGGACGAAGUGAACUGCGCCUCCAUUAAAACAGGAGCUGGAGACGCCAUUGCCGAGCAGGGCAUGGAGGACGUCAUCAGUGCAGAGUUCAUCCACAGGCUGAAGUCUCUGCUGCAGAGAGCUUAUCACCUCCAGGAGGAGUUUGAGGGAGUGCUCUGCAUGUCGGACCAAUCGUCCAACGACAGCCAGGACAUGUUGAUCCAUGAGGAGCUGGAUGACGGCUGUCUGAGAGACAGCGUCAGCAUCGCCUCCACUGACUCUUUUGUUUCUGCUGCUGAGCUGUCAGAGCACAGAGAGCUGAGGAGUGUCUACGUCCUCGGUCAUUAUCCUUUCUAUGAGGAGGCACUGCAGAUGGCAGAGGAAGGCAAGAUCUCCUGCAGGGUGCUGAGAACUGAGCUGCUGGAGUGUCUUGGAGACGUAGACUUUCUGGCCAAGUUGCACUGUGUGCGGCAGGCAUGUCAGCUCAUUCUGUGUGAGAGGACGACCAGGAUGUUUCUGGCCGACACCGGAAAGAAAAUCCUGUCUUCCAUCAUCGUUAAAGCACACAAGAGCCCAAAGAGAUUUGAAGAAGUGUUUGAGGAGAUGCUUUCCUUCCUGGAACACACGGAGCACUGGGAAAACACUGAGGUGGAGUUGGCCACACGUGGGGUGAAGCACUUAAACUUCUACGACAUCGUGCUGGACUUCAUCCUGAUGGACUCGUUUGAGGACCUGGAGAAUCCACCGAUCUCCAUCCAGAAUGUGAUCAACAACCGCUGGCUCAACAGCUCCUUCAAGGAGACCGCGGUGGCGUCCAGCUGUUGGUCAGUACUGAAGCAGAAGAAACAGCACAUGAAGGUGUCUGACGGCUUCAUCGCCCACUUCUACGCUGUGUGUGAGCAGAUCAGUCCCGUCCUGGCCUGGGGUUUCCUCGGACCUAAGAGCUCCCUGCACGACUUCUGCAGCUUCUUCAAGGACCAGGUGCUGCACUUCCUGAAGGAUAUCUUUGAUCUGGAUAAAGUGCGUUACUCGUCGGUGGAGAGCCUGGCAGAGGACAUGCUCCACCUGCUACACCGUCGCUCCGAGCUGCUGUUGGCCUACCUGGGAGCCGACUCCCUGCGGCACCACAACAGCUGCAGCUCCACACAGGUGCAGCUGAUGCCCAACGCCCUGCUGGAGGCCUCGGUACAGUGAGACCUCCACGCUGACCUACACUGAACACUAAACAUGAGAUUUAUUCUGAGGUGGGUUCACACUGACUGUCGGACCAAAGAAAACUUUCCGUAGGUGUGAUUUCAUCUCCGAUCUGUGAUUGUGUAACACUAUUUCGCUGAGGUCCGACAUCCACUCUCAUCACUUUCCCAUCAUGCCAUCUGCUCUCAAAACUCUGCAUCUGAGGAUCCAGAUAAACUGAACCAGAGUCCAUCUGCCUUCACACUUCAUCACUACCUAUGGUGCGGACUCCUCAUCCUCAUCUUCCCGUCCCCCUUUUCACUGUGCCAUGGCAGUGCAUGUUAGAUUUAAAACAUCAGCAAUAAUUUGUGUAACUUAAACUUGCUGUGAGACUUACGUUGAUUCUCUGGCCGUGUAAGCCGAAGUGUAUUUAUGGCCAUUAAGAGCAGAUUGUGAGAGGGAAAAAAGAUAGUAUUUUACUGUAUUUAUUUUAUUAUAAAGCAGGAUUUAUUUUUUAGAGGUUGUAGUUUUGCCAGUAUGCGUCAAUGGAUUUACAGCAUACAUACAGUAGUGUGAAUUCCAGUGUUGUAUAAAAAAUAUAUAUAAAAUAAAAUUCAUCAGAUAAAUUUGUAUUAAAUAUUUCUGACAUCCUGCAGAACAUCAGCGAUGCAAAACCUUUAAAUGUGCUUUGUGAUGCUGCCUAAUGCAUGUUGCCCCGGGCAACCAUGAAGCAAAAGGAUUUAAGAAAUGUUUCAGGUUACUUUAAAGGGAAAGUUCAGAGUUUUUAUUUGGUUGUUUUUUUUCAUCCUCCGCCCCAGACACACAAACCUUCAUGCAAUAUGUAAAUGCAGUGUAUGCACGGCCCUCAAUCAGCUACAAGAAAUACAAGAUUAUAACUCGCCGUUACUGCAGAACGUGUGAAGCCUUACUGUGGAUGCACAUAUUUAAAGCCUUGUUGUCUUUGUCACUGAAUGUCAGUCUGAAAAAGUAUAUUUUUCGUAUCCUGUGUGGUUUUGAAAAAGCUCGAUGUCUGCUCUGCUGAUCAGUCACUGCCAUGUACAGAAAACACACGAAAGCUUCAAGCAGUGGAGUUACUGUCGGACUAAAUGUGUGACAGAUCAGAGGAGUUCAUUCCAAGAUUCUCUAUAUUCACUUAUGAGCGUCAUGAUCGAGUUUCCUCUUUAAAAUGGUUUGGUUUACACUUCUACAAGUCUGAAAACAAAGCUCACGUCCAAAUCUACAUCUGAAGUAAUUCCUCCUGUUAGAGAUUUCUUUUUAAAGUGAUUUCAAUGUGAGCAAUCCUCAGUGUGAAGUUAUUACAGAUCAUGAAGUCUUAAAAACAAGGAUUCAAGUCUUUACUUCAGAAAGAAAUCAAAGAAUCUUUUAUCUUCUUUAGAGUCUGUUUUAUUUCUUGAGCCCAAAAUCACAAAGCUGAUUUACACUCUACACAGCUUCUAUCUUCUAUUCAGGAAAAAACUCCCCAAAAAAUUUUAUUAUUAGUCAAUCUAUAAUUAUUGUUAAGGCAUGAAUUGGCUAUAGCUCCUUAAAUGGGUUAGGUUGGGAUUAUUAUUAUAGAAUAAUAUUUUGGUUAUGGACUUCAGGUCAUUUUAAAACAUCCUCUAACUUCCAGCUGGUAGUUCAAUGACGAUCUGAAGUAUGAAGAAGAGGAAUUGAUUAAAAAACUACUUCAAAGUAGAGUUUGGGCAUAUGAGUGUUUAAGGACAGUACAAUUAAUGUGAACCUUCCCUUUUAAAAGGAUCUUUUUGGAUUGACUUUGUCCACAGAUGGAGGUCAGUUUUUAAAUGUGUUCGUUCAACUUGUUUUUCAUGUAUAAAUGAAGCAAAUAAAUACUGAUGAGAAUGUG